AUGGCCGGGGGCUGCCGGGCACGGGCGCAGCUCGGGGGGAUGCUGCUGGCUCUCCUCGGAUGGGUCAGCUCCUGCGUCACCACCUUCGUGCCCCUCUGGAAGAACCUCAACCUGGAGCUGAACGAGCUGGAGGUGUGGAACAUGGGGCUCUGGCAGGUCUGCAUCACCCAGGAGGAGGGGGUGGUUGAGUGCCAGCCCCACAACUCCUUCCUGGCRCUGCCCCCCGAGCUGCGCAUCUCUCGCCUCCUGAUGUGCCUCUCCAAUGGGCUGGGGCUGCUGGGCUGCCUGCUCGCCGUCCUGGGGCUGGAGGGCUGGAGAACCUGCGAGGACAAACCCGGGCGAAAGCGGCAGCUCCUGCUGGCCGGGGSAGUGGUGCUUGGCAUGGCAGGGAUCACCACCCUGGUGCCGGUCUCCUGGGUCGCCUACAACACCGUGCUCGACUUCUGGGACGAGACUGUCCCCGACAUCGUCCCCAGGUGGGAGUUUGGSGAGGCCACGUUUCUGGGCUGGUUUGCCGGAGUGUUCCUCGCUGCUGGCGGGCUGCUCCUUGCCUGCAGUGCCUGCUCCACCAGGAUCCCAGCGCCGCCGGCCCCUGCCUGCCCUGAGGCCCCCGCUGCACCAGGCUGGGCUGGGGGCCACCACCUGCACCCCAAAAACGCGGACUUGGUCAUCUAG